AUGGAGGCACAAUCAAUCGCACUUCCAGAUGGUGCCUUGCCGCCGUCCGCAAGCACGACGUUCGACCCGCACGCCGUGACCCCCGCCUUCGCACGCAGAACAUCCUCAAUCGCCCCGCCCCAACCCGCAGACGCACCCCUCGCCACUUCUAUCAGCGAUGCCCCAACACCUCGACUAGUCGUCCCAGAACUCGGCGACCCCUCCCUCAUGGGCGAGCUACCCACCACCGAUCCUCUCUCCAUUCUCCUCCAAAAGCAUCUGCCCCCUCACACGCGACCUCAUCGAGACCUGUCUGGUGCGUGGCCCUCUCCGUCCUCGACAGGACCCAGUGCACCAUCGGUCGAGCUCCCCGAUCCGUUCUCCGCUGGCAGUGACGCUUCAUCUGCACCUACCGAGAUCACACCCGAACUCGUCCGCCAAGCAGCAUCCACCAAUGCCUGGCGCCGAAUCGCCUCCCUCGCUCGAGCGCAACUCGAGUCCUCCUACCACACCUCCCAUCCCCCUGCGCUCGUCGACACCGCUUCCAACUCCGAUACGAUGGAGGCAGGGGAAGCAUUGCAGUGGUGGACCAUCCGACUGUACGCGUUGGCGCGGUUGAAGUUGUAUUCGAUGUUAAGGACGGAAUUGGCGGCGCUGUGGCAGGUGCUCGAGUCGACGACCGUGGGGGAAGGGUCGCUGGCGGAGGCGGAGGAGGUGCCGUUCUCGCUGAGGGUGAUGUGCGCGACAGAGCCCAAGUUUAGGGGAGAAGGGGAGGUGGGGGAGAGGGUGCAGCUGGUGGUGGUGUGUUCGAGGGUAUGGAUUCAGGCAGGCGACCUGACCACCGCAUCAAAGCUGCUCGAUCGUGUCCGAGCCCUCCUCACCCCAUCAUCAAAUCCCGCGAUCGAGCGAGAGCUCAGUCACGCACGAACACUCAUAGCUGCCAUCGCACACGACCUCCCCUCCGCCACCACGACCACACCCAAUUCGCCGGCAGAAGCGCUCAAUCAAGCCAUCGUCCAGUUCUACAGCGCACACCUCGACACGUCGAUCGCGCAACUCGAAGCCGUGCUGACCGCAGAACCCGCCCUGGUGGCAACAGCCGACGCGGUCGUGUUCAAUCUCGCCACACUGUACGAGCUUGGCAAGGGCGGAGAGGCAGAAGUCGUCGAGAGGAAGAGGGAGCUGUUGGCCAACGUGGCAAGGUGGAGCGGCGAACCGGGCGUUGCUGGGUCCAGUUUCAAACUUUGA